AUGUAUAUUCUCCUCGUUCUUCUUCUAGUAAACAGUGACUUGGAAGGAGUUAGGAUAGAUUCUAAAAAAAUCAAACUAAAAGAUAGAUUAAAUGGACAAUUCGGAAGGAAUGUUACAUUUAUCGCAAAUUUUGAUUCAAAAAAGAGAAACUCCAAGUUAUUUGAUAAAACAGGAGAAGAUGGAGAUAAAACGUACUGCGAAAAUGUUUACAAGAGAGAAAGGUUCCCAACCAGAUGUGUAAAAAUAGGAAAGGUCACAAUCGGAGGAAAUAACCCAAUCGCAAUCCAAACAAUGACGUCAUGUGAUACCAACGAUGUCCAACAAACAGUUGAUCAAAUACUGAAGGUCCAAGAGUAUGGCUCAGAUAUGGUUAGAAUAACAGUUCAAUCACCGAGAGAAGCAAAAUCAUCGGAAUUGAUUAAGGAGAAACUUAGUUCCCUGAACUGUGAUAUACCGCUAAUAGCAGAUACGCAUUUUAACGCAAAAGUAGCUAUGUUAUGCGCAGAUAUAUUCGACAAAGUCAGAGUGAACCCAGGAAACUACGUGAUUGGAAGGAAGAAUUGGGACAUGAAGGUGUAUAACACAGAAGAGGAAUUUAAAAAGAGCGGAGAAUACAUAGAAGAGGCAUUCACACCCUUGGUGUUAAAGUGCAAAGAAUUAAAAAAGGCAAUAAGAAUAGGGACUAACCAUGGAUCACUGAGUAGCAGAGUGAUGAGCUAUUACGGAGACACUCCGCUGGGAAUGGUGAUGUCAGCAAUUGAGUUUGCAGAGAUUUGCAGAAAGAACGACUUCCAUAACUUCGUCUUUUCACUAAAAUCGUCUAACAUAUUUGUCAUGAUCCAUGCAUACAGACUCCUUGUUAACGUCAUGAAGAAAAGAGGCUGGGAUUAUCCAAUACACCUAGGGGUAACAGAGGCAGGAUCAGUUGAUGACGGAAGAAUAAAGAGUUGUUUGGGAAUUGGCUCGUUACUGAUUGACGGAAUCGGAGAUACAAUAAGAAUGUCACUGACUGAAGACCCCUGGUUUGAACUUAUUCCAUGCAGGAAACUCCUAGAAUCAGUUCAGAAACUUUAUCCAGGAACUAAAAUUAUUAACACUGAUAAUAUUCAUGAAAAUAAUAAAGAUCAAGACAAAAUUAUUCCCAGCACAACUUUUAAUUAUGAUGACUGGAGAGACUUUAGAAGCAUUGAGAGGAGGGAAGUAAAUUACGGUAAAAGUGUACUUACUUACGAAGAUAAUAAUAAAAACAACCUACUUAACCCCAACGGAUCUGUGGGAACGGUUCUAAAUUCACAUCACUUGAAUAAUAGAGUGAGGAUUUAUCCACAACUAGUUGAGUUAUACAAGUCUCUUGGUCUGGAAAUAGUUAAGGGGUUACCGUCGAGGUCAUUAAAGAGCGUGGACUUUGUUCUCCUGGAGGAUGUACCUUUCUUCCACGAGUACAACAAGCAGAGAGUAAUAAAGGAGCUGAUAGAGGGAGGAGUCAAUGUGGUAUUACCACUUAGGAAGCUGAAGUAUAAUCCAAUAAAGUUCGCAAUAGGAUUAGUGACUGUUGAUGAGUAUAAUGUGCUCACAAGGUCCACUCCAAAAAGAUUCCACAAUGAUAGCAGGAUUAAUAGUCAUCGAGAUAGUAGAUUGAUAGGAAUAGAUUUGAACGAAGGAGAUCCAGGACAGUCACUGCUGGAUGACCAGGAUCUAUUGGAUGAGCUGAACAAAUUGGAAAAGUUAGUGGUUAAAAUUACAGGAAAUGAAACUGAUGACCAACUAUUAGACCUUUUCAAUACACAUCAAAGAAUUGAAAAGCUUAACGUAAACAAUAAGGAUAGAAAGAACCAAAUCGGGUUCAUAAUACUGGAUAUUGAUCCGAAACUUAAUUACAUGUACACUGUUAGGAGAAUAUUUGGCUUGUUGAACAAGACUAAAUCUGAUUUACCAGUUAUUCAUCAAUUAAACUUCCCAAGUCUCGAAAACCAACAAGAUAUGUUGGUCGAUAGCUGUUGCCUAUUAGGAUGUAAUUUGAUAGAUAAGAUGGGUGAAGGGAUAAUUAUCAAAUCAAAAUUACCCAUAGAUAUUACCAAUAAACUGUCAUUAGACAUUCUUCAGAACAGUAGAAUGAGGAACAUUAAAACUGAUUUUAUUUCAUGCCCUUCCUGCGGAAGAACAUUGUUUAAUAUUCAAGAGACAACUGAAGAAGUGAGAAGGAGAGUAGGUCACCUUCCAGGAGUUACAAUAGCUAUCAUGGGCUGCAUAGUUAACGGAAUUGGUGAAAUGGCCGAUGCUGAUUUCGGUUAUGUAGGCGGUUCACCCGGAAAGGUGGAUUUGUACGUGAAAAAACAACUAAUUGAGAGGAAUAUACCAAAGGAACAGGCCUGUGAUAAGUUAAUAGAACUCAUUAAAAAACACGACAAAUGGGUCGAGCCUGAAUAA